AUGUUAAGCUUUCUAUUAGUUCUCUUUGCAUUCGAACUUUGUCAUGGCUCUCAACGUCCACUUGUUAUUGGACAUCGGGGUACAGCUUAUUUGCCUGAGCUUACAUUGGCUUCGCAAUCCAUGGCUCAUGCUUACGGUGCCGAUAUUAUUGAAAUCGAUGUAUGCCUAAGUCGAGAUAACCACUUGAUUGUCAUUCACGAUAUCAAUUUGGAUGGAGUAACAAAUGUCGCUGAUGUUUUUAAAAAUCGAAGUCGUUCAGAUGGUUUUCAUUAUGUGAUUGAUUUUGAUCUACAUGAAUUGCGUAGUUUGAAUGUUCACGAACGCGUUCGUCCAUUGAAUGGUACACAAGUUUUUCCAUUGCGUUUCCCUUCAAAAUCAAAUGUACCUUUUCAUCUGUCCACUCUCAAUGAAACCAUUGAAUUAUUAUUAAAUCUUAAUCGUGCAACAGGUCGUCAACGCCAAUUACUUAUUGAAAUAAAAAAACCUGAAUAUCAUUCAAAAUAUAAUAAAUCUAUAUCAUCUAUUGUAGUUGCUACAUUAAAAUCAUAUAAUUUAACACAAUCAACUGAUCCGAUUAUACUACAAACAUUUCAUAUUGAAGAACUUAUGAAUAUUCGUAAAAAUCUUAGCAGUCAACUGCGAUUAUUUGCUUUAAUGACAUGGAACUAUGUUGGAGAAUCAUCAAGUGAUUAUGAUUUUUAUCGAAGUGAACAAGGUAUCAGAAAUCUAUCAAAAGUUGUGCAAGGAUUAGCACCCGAUCAUCAAUUUGUUGUGAACUAUGAUGGGAACGGGACAAUUAUUAGCACUAGUAAUUUCACAAAAUGGGCUCAUCAAUAUGGUCUAAGUGUUUAUCCGUAUACAUUUCGAAAAGAUCUAUUUCUAGGUAGUAGUUUCGAACAGCUAGUGGAAUAUUUUUGGCAUGAAGCACAAGUGGAUGGUUUUAUAACUGAUAAUCCUGAUGUGAUUCUUGAGCUACUGCAAAGAGGUCAAAUAUCUGCCAGCAGUUACACUAUUGUUUUAAACAUAUUUUUAUCAAUGUUUACAUUUCUUUUUCAUAUUAUUCGUAUAUGA